CUCGCCUUCCCCCUCCUUCCUUCCUUCCUUCCUUGUCUCCCUCCCUUCCUCGGCUGCUGCGGCUGGGAUUCCCUGGGAGCCAAGAUGGAGUCGCUGAGCAAAGCGGGGCAGGAGAUGAGCCUGGCAGCCUUAAAGCAGCACGACCCUUACAUCACCAGCAUCGCCGACGUCACCGGCCAGGUGGCCCUCUACCGCUUCAGCCCCAAGGCCAACGAGUGGGAGAAGACUGACAUAGAAGGUACAUUAUUUGUGUAUAAAAGGUCUGCUUCACCUUACCAUGGGUUUACAAUUGUGAAUCGUUUGAACAUGCACAACUUGGUUGAGCCUGUAAACAAAGACUUAGAAUUUCAACUGCGUGAACCUUUUCUUCUAUACAGAAAUGCUAAUUUGUCCAUUUACAGUAUCUGGUUCUAUGACAAGAACGACUGCCAUCGAAUAGCAAAACUCAUGGCCAAGGUGAUACAAGAAGAAACACAGAGAUCCCAGCAACUGUUGCAGGAUAGAGGAAAAGUCAGCAGAAUUAAUGGUUGCACUGAUAUCCUUGAGAUGCUUAGCAAAGCCAAGGUUGAAUAUGAACGGAAUCAAAAGGGCGAUUUGAUCUGUGGGACACAACAAAGUACAAAUCCUACAAAGGCUGAAAAUGCAGAGAGUUCAGAGCAUGGAUUGUCAGUAUUACAAGUGCAAGACCAUCCAUGUCAGUCCAUACCUAAACAUCUAACAGUAGAAGAAUUAUUUGGAACUUCGCUACCAAAGGAACAGUCUGCAGUCCCUUAUACCAAUCCAGAGACAGCAGAGAAGACUGAUACCUUGUGUCGAGAGCACAGUUUACUUCUACCUUUUUCCUUUGAGCAAUCAACAGUAAUCCACCAGCCUCUAGGAAAACUGGACUGUCCAGGCUUCAAAAGCAAUUCUUCUACCUUACUGCCACAGGAGUGUGUGCCACCCUUGCUAAUUGCCUCAUCUUCUGUUUCACAGCCUGAAGUAAAUAAGGCUUCAAGCUAUACUGCACAGUUAAGCCCUAUCCUUAUUUCAUCUGUGGCAGCAGACACUCCCUGUGCACAAAUGCUUCAGAACAUGAGUACAAACAAUAACAUAAUGCAAGUGAUGCAGCAAGCUGUCAAGCAGGUAUCUCCACUUGUGAAUCAGUCAUUGUCUGAUAUGAACCAUGGUCCACAAAAUAGAACUCCUGGUCAAAACCAGUUUUUAACAUCUUUGUCUGCAACAAAUACAGGAGAUACUUCAAACCCACCACUUCCAAAUAAGGAUCUUCUUCAGAAACUCAGGUUGACCUCUCAGCAUGAUCAAAUGCAGCAAUCACUUAACAAAACCUCAGUAGCACCAACGUCUUCAUCUGCCAUGAGCCAGUUGGCAACACCAGAUUGUUUCAAGGAAUCCCACAACAAGCAACAGCCUCUGACUAAUAAAAUUAUUCCAUCUGUGCAGGUUGCUCAGCAAAACAAGGAGCUUGAAACAUUUCCACAUCAUAAAGCUUUGUCAAAAGCAAACCAAGUUGCUUCUCCACAGUUUGCUGCAGCUACAACCACAAUGGUGCCAUCAGUCCUUUUGUCACCUAGCAUGUUCCAGCAGUCAGCCAUGAAAUCCUCUGAAGCUGAAAACAAAGUUUGUUCCUCUUCACCCCUUACAGUUGGCGCAGUAGAUGUUCAAACAUUCCCUCCAACAGUUCUCAGUAGAUCUCAGCUUCAAGAAACGUUAAUACAUCUAAUAAAGAAUGAUGAGAAUUUUCUUAGUACUCUUCAUGAAGUCUAUUUACAAGUCUUGACCAAGAAUACAGACAGCAUCAAGCUAUAACUGGCGUGAACUCAGCUCCACUGAUCACAGAUCUGCUUCAAAAACAAUUAUGCCUCAUCUGUAAAAUUAUAAUCUUUUUGUAUAUUGUUUUUAGUUCUGGGUUUUUUUAAUUUUUAGCUUCCCAAAUAGAUCUUGUUAUUUAGAAGAAUUAUAUGAGUAAUGUUCUCAGAAGUGAUAUAGGUUUCACUGUGACCAGUCACCAGCAGGUUUUUAUUUCUGUAUACAGAAAAUGGCAUUUAUGUUUAACAUCACAUUCGUAAACGUAGUAUGAUUUACACACACAUGUGCGUACACACACACCCCUGAAUAAUUAGAACAAAUGUGACCUAAGCUGAUUGUUUGGCAUUUAAUUAAGGAUAAAAAGAGUUCUGUAACCAGCUACUAAUUUACAAGAGCUAUGAAAAUGCUCAAUCAAGUAACUGUAGAGCUUUGAGAAGAAAUGGAUAUGCAAUGCAAAAGUUCUGCUUUUAGAACUGAAGAGCCUUAGGAUAUAACUGUCUGACUUCCAUAGAAUGCAGCGCUAAUCUGCGUAUUCACUUUUUUACUAAAGCAGAAUGAAAACUAGUUGACAAGUAUACUUGCAAUGAUGCCUUUACUGUGAUGUUUUGGUAAUGGUACGAUUUUAAACCAAAUAGUUUUUAAACAUGAAUGGACAGAACAUCAUUGUGGUUACUUUAUCCAAUUAUUCAAUCCAAUUUAAAUACGUAUGUUGGAAGAGGGUUUUCUUCUAUAAAGGAUGGACUGAUACAAGUGUGGUGUGUGUAAUUCAUUUAUGGUGUUGGUACAUGAACAAGUGUAGUCUUAGUUUCUUCCAAUAUUUUCCCCAUUUUUUCCAGAUGUUGUGAGUUCAUAUUUCAUUGUUAAACUGCUGUAAAGGUCAAACUUCUUCCCAAGGAAGUCAGACUUUGAUCUCCAUUUGUUUUAUAUGCUGCUAUGGGUCUCUCCAUGAUUUGUAUUUAUUUCAUUAUGGCAUGUGAUAGUAGCUAGCAAUACUCUAAUGUAAUAUAGGUUUCAAUUUAUUCAAGCAAUAGUAAUUGUUAAAGGCUACUCUUCUUUGUUUGUUUUUUGGUAGUAAGAGCUUUGUUUUAUAUUAUGAAAAGUAAUUUUGUAAUCCAUUUAACCAGUCAACAUGCACUGCUUAUUUUUAAAGCAUUGUUAAAAUGGUGGAAGAGCAUUGUUUGGCUCUUUGUAUUAUAAUAAGUUUCCAGUGCAAGCUAUUCCAAUGCAUAGGGUUUCAAAAACACCCAUUCUGUCAGAGAGUUUGCAGUGGAAAACAUCUUGAAUCAGAAUGUAUGUCUUACUCUUAAAAAUUUAACUGUGGUAAUGAUGGCAGUAUCAGUAUGCAGAUACUAUUCCAUUCAUCAGUCAAAUCUUGUGCUAAAUUUUAACUUUUAUCCCAAUUAAAAUAGGUCCAUUGCAGUUAAUGGGACCUACAUGAGUGAUGGCUAGUGAGACAUUAAUUUCAAUAGGUCUACUUUAUGUGAGACUAAAAUUAUAUUUAUACCCAUAACCACCAUUAAUCAGUGUUUUUGAUAUAAAUAGUGUGUUGAUUUUUUUAAUCAGUCAAAAUAUGUCUCUUUGGUUGAUUUUUAAGUAGAUGUUUUUAUGUUUAGCAAACUCUGCCUUUGGAGAGAACCUCUUCAGCCUUUGCUCUCAAGUGUUUCUAGUUAUAAACAUAGUAUUUUAUAUUGGAAAAGUGCAGAAUUCAGGGAAAUGUGUUAGUAGUGACAUGAACAUUCAUCUAAUGUAUUGGCUUUAAUGGUGAAAUUUAAAUGUAUCUUUUCAGGCUUUCUGGACCUUUUGUAGGAAACAUGAGAGCUGUCUUUGUAUGCUGGACAUUUAAUAACUCACCCAUGUGUGUGUACCAACAAGAACUGCUUGUUAUUUUAAAAAAUAGUAUGUUCCUAGGCAUUUUCUGGAGGGAGGAAACCCAAGCCUAAUCAUUACUUUUCAAUAUAUUUUAAGUGUCUAUACUGUAUUUCUAUUAUCACUCAAACUAAAUGUAUACCAGGCUUCUUUUAUGGAUAACAAAGAUUUAGCCAUAGUUAGUUAUUCUGAAUUGAAAAGAAGAAAUCUUUCUCAUAUACUAACAAGUGAUUGGUGGGUGAUAGAGCAGAUUAGGCACAGUGAUAAUGAUGAACUGAAAUUGAUUCACAGCAUAUCAAGCAAGCGUUAUAUGUAUCCAAAGACCUGUAGAAAUUAAACUGUAAAGAUUUUGCUGAUACUGAAUGUACUGUUACAGUCCUGUAUUGUCAGAGUUAAUAUGAAAGGGAAUGUUGUGUUAUGCAACAAUUACAUUUCCGGGUAAGUUCUUCUCAGUACACUUUAUAUUCGCAUUUACCAUUUUGCAUUAUAAUUCCUUAGAAACCUCAGUCAGUAGCUGGCAGAUCAGAGUUCUCAAGUGUUAGAAGUAUUUACAGCAUCAGGAAAUAGUUCUCUGUUUCCAAAGAGAAUAGAAGUUGUAAUGAAAGUCUAUCUAUUUUUUUUGAUGGUAGCUUUGCAUCAAUCUUGAAACUUACGCACAUCAAUGUUACAACGUUUAUGUAUGUAGCAUGCUGAAGCUGGGAAAACAGAGUUGUACUACAUAAUACAAAGCACUGUUAGCAACAUUCAAUGUACCACAAUAGUGCUCUUAUUGCUUGUUGUAAUGUGACUAAAACUAAUGAAAAACUUUUAAAGCACUGCUUUGGUAAAGAAACUUGGCGUAAAAGUCACAAAUGUUUACAAAAUGUGGAAAUCACUGGACAUCUUUAGUCUGGUUACCUUAACUUUUUUUAGCCUAAGUUUGAAUUUGUAACAACACAUUUUAGUCUUGUCAACUGCAUGCAAUGGUACCAAAUGCAUAAUGAACCAACUUGGGCCAUUUCAUUUAAACUCUUUUCGUAAGCGAUUCUGUAUUUCCUCAAGUAAAUCAUAUUUUUAGACUAUAUUAUUCAAAAUUAUUCACUAUCUAAGCAUGUAUUUUUCUGUUAUCUAUAUGCAGCUUUUUCUUUAAAAAUGCUUAAUAUUUGUCUUCUCAAAAGUCGCUUUAAAACAUGCAGCUUAUUCAAAAACUGAUUGCUGUGUUGUAGGUAACAACUGUUCCAUUAAUAGUCUUUAAAGAUGUGCCGAAUGGCUAUAUAUUUGUGGCACAUUUGUGACACACUUUACAGAAAUUAGUCUGCAAAGUCCUAAGGCACAAUACGAAAUGGAAAAGCAGUUUAUGUUAAUUUCCUAUUGUGAGAUGGAAUUUAAUCAUACCACAAACAUUAAUCUUUGAUACUUUUUAGGUUUUGGAUUUUCUUGAGUUUAGUGUAUUCAUGGAACCCACCAAUGCCAUAUGUAGGCAAGAUAUUGUCAUUGAGCAACAGUUCAGGUAGAGUAUUUAAUGUGGAGUGUUCUGACACAAAAAACCCAGCCACCUCUUGUUGGUCACAGAGUUGCUUCUUAAGCAUAUCUUAAAGAGGAAUGUGUGCAAUAUAUAUUUCACCUCAGUUUUUGACAUCAUUGUGAAAAUGUUAAGAUGCAAUAUCUUCACUUUAAGUGGGAAAAAUCGCAAUAAUCUUCCCCUUGUGGUUUGUUUUUGUAUCAAUUUAACAUUGUAAACACAUGGUGGUUCUUUGUUUAAAAAUGCACACUAUACUCACUGUUUGGGUUUACUGCUUUAAUUUGCACUCAACAUAUGUAUUAAAGUUGGAGGUGCUUCAGAUCUUUGGGAUUUUAAGUAGUAGCUUUUGGGGAAACAAUGGGCACGAUCCUUUCCAAAGGUAUAGCAUCCAUACCUGAAGAAUUCUUUAAUCUCAAAGGAACCCUGACUUUGUGGGAAGUUCGUACCAGAAACUCUAGGGACCAUUGAGGCAACUAAACUCUUGUGCAAUCCUGCCAUGUACUCCAGCUCUUUCUGAUUGGUGCAAGUUAUUUGCAUCCUGUGCACAGUUGUAGAUGGGAAUGUUGGGCAUAAGGGUGUAAUGUUCCUAUUAGGAUCUUCAACAUGUUGAUGCUGAACCUGUACCAGAAUGAAUCAUGCCCAGUGAUUUUUGAGCUACUUUUAACUGUCACCAUAAUGCAUCAUUAACAUUUCAGUAUAUGGAUAUGUGAUUUGUGCCAUCUUAUUAUGUGGCAAAUAUUAAGUUAUUGCAUAAAUGUUUAAGAAAGAACAUUUUUCAUUAAAAUUUUGUAUGUUUGCAAAUAUAUUUUUGUAAUAAAACUUCAAAGACAAAUGUUUCAGUCUGUUCUAAAA